AUGCCUGGGCUACAAGGAAUAUGGGGAGUGCUACGCAAGUACAUGCGGUUUAUAGGCCCUGGCCUUAUGGUUUCUGUCGCCUACAUGGAUCCUGGUAACUAUUCGACCGCCGUGGCUGCUGGUUCAGCUUUCCAAUACAAACUUCUAUUCUCGAUCUUUUUGUCCAACUGCCUAGCGGCAUUUUUGCAGACUUUGUCGGCCAAGCUCGGUGCUGUCACUGGUUUGGAUUUGGCUGCUAACUGCAAAGAGAAUCUACCCCACAGACUCAAUAUUUUCAUCUACGUUUUGGCGGAGAUCGCUAUUAUCGCCACAGAUUUGGCUGAAGUCGUGGGUACUGCCAUCGCUUUAAAUAUCUUGUUUAACAUUCCCUUGGCUCUCGGAGUCAUCAUCACCAUGGUGGACGUUUUGAUUGUUCUCAUGGCCUACAGGCCAAACGGCCCUUUACUUUUCAUCCGCAUCUUUGAGUCGUUUGUCUCAGUCCUUGUUGGCGCUACGGUUGUUUGCUUUGCAAUCCAGUUGUUCCAAGUAUCCAAAGAACCCAAUUUUUCGUUCAUCGAAGUUUUGAAAGGCUUCUUACCUAAUGAGAAGGUUAUUGACACCAGCGAGAGAGAAGGCGGAAAUGGCCUCUUCUUGAGUUUGGCAAUUAUGGGAGCCACCGUGAUGCCUCACUCUUUAUACCUCGGUUCAGGCUUAGUGCAAGCUAGGCUAAAGGACUUUGACAUCAAGCAUGGAUACUAUACACCACCUAAGCAGGUGGAAGAGGUACCUCCUGAAAGUUUUGAAGAAGAGAGAGUAAACUUAACCGGAGAGGAAUACGCCACUGCUGUUGGCGCCAAAGAAGAAGAAGAGUACUACAGGCCCUCAGUUCAUGCCAUUAACGACACCAUGGCAUACACAAUUGCAGAGCUUGUCAUUUCACUUUUCACUGUGGCUUUGUUUGUCAACUCAACUAUUUUGAUUGUUGCCGGCGCCACUGUGGGAACGAAAAGCAAGCGUGAUGACGACCACGAAGAUUCCGAUUCGGAUGAUGAUGAAGGCUCAGACAAUGCUGAUUUAUUCACCAUCUACAAUCUUCUUUCGACUCAUCUCUCUCAAACGGCAGGAUUCGUGUUCGUGCUUGCUCUUCUUUGCUCCGGUCAAUCUGCUGGUGUUGUUUGUACACUUGCGGGCCAGAUGGUAUCGGAGGGUUUCUUGCUGUGGAGCUUCCCGCCCGUAAUUCGUCGUCUUGUCACUAGAGCAUUGGCGAUCUUUCCUUGCAUAAUGGUUGUUUCGUUUACAGGAAGAGAUGGUUUGUCGAGGACGUUAAAUGCCUCGCAGGUUGUCUUGUCUAUUUUGCUUCCUGUUGUCACAGCUCCAUUGAUUUACUUUACGUGCUCCAAGAAAAUCAUGAGUGUCCCCAUCUUGGUGAGAGAUGGCGAUGAAGAUGUGGACACUAUUUUCGAGGAGGAAUUAUCUUUUGGCAGUGACUCCAAUACUCAGAACACGGUGGUCCCUCAGCGGAACCGUUAUUCUGUUGGCGAGCCCGCCAUCAGACUUCAGGACCUCAGGAAGGCACAUCCAUGUGUCGGCUGGGAAGACGAGACUGAUGAUGAAAGUCAUGAACGCCAGAACAUGGUGCUGCAGCAGAGCAGAUCGGGCGCUCAUCUCCCUACACUUGCAAGUACUCAGAGAACCGAGUCCACAAACCCACCUUCAUACACUGCUAAUCCGGACUCCAUAGACACAUCAGACGAGGAUAUUUUCCGUAUCAAGGGUUACAGUGAUAUGAGUAAUGGUCCUUGGAUGACGUUCUUUGCAAUUACUUCAUGGAGUUUUGUCACGUUGCUCAACAUUGUGCUCAUAGGCAGCUGGGUGCUCGGCUAUGAUGUCCCUCUCUAG